AUGGCACCUGUGAAACCUACGAAGACACGAACAUUUUUCAAGUCUAAAUUAUCAAUACCGAUCAAAAACCAAAGCCCAACAUCGAAAGACAAGGUCAACCAGUCUACCGAGAAAGUUCUAGCUUCUUUGAGAGGUCCGGAAGGUAAAAGUGAGGUCCAUAAUGAUCGAAAGCAAGUAACGAUAAGCCCCAUCCAUGGAGAGAAGAAGAGUGGGGAGAGAUUGGCAAGAACGGUUAAAGUGUAUACAUCCAUAUCGAAAGCGAAGCCAAAGGCGAGUGUCAUCAUACGUAAAUCAUCAAGAUCUAUCAAGGAAAUCGUAGUAGGACAAAAGACUGCUCAUACCAAAAAAGUGCACGAAGCGAAGAACCAAUAUUCCAAGAAAAAGGAUCAGGUCAAAACGAAGAAGACGAUGAUGUCCAAAACCUCAAUGACACCACACAACAAGACAAAACCGACAGUAAACACUAGUCGAUCAUCUAGCAAACCGCAAACCUCAAGAUCAAUUCACACAGCAUCAAAAUCCUCCUUAUUCACUUCAAAACCUUCUUCGUCUACGUCCAAGAAGAAUGUGUCAUCUUCAUCAAAAACCAAGAGCACAACUAUUCCACCAAAGCAUAAAGCACCGAAUAAUAAGACACGGCCCACGCACCCGACUGAGUCACAAGUUCCUAUUGAACGCCAAGAAGAGAAAGGGGAGACUCAUAAAGUGUUGAAGAAGAAAUAUAUGACAGCUGGAUUCUAUUGUCAAGAUCCCGAUCCGCCAAUUUCGAAACAAUUAGUAAAUAAAGUACUUUCCAUUCGAGCACAAGAACAGAAAUUGAACAUGAAAUCAAAUGCCAAAUCUGCGUCAUCCGCUGCUGUCAAACCAGCAAGGAUCACACGAGGAAAAGGUCAAGUGAAAUCAACAAAGAACACACAAAAAACAGCGGUCAUCGCUCAGGAAAGACCCAUUUUCCCUCCUUUACCUUAUGAUCAUGGAUAUGACCUUUUCUUUGGACGAGAACACGACUUCACUUUACCUUAUAAUAUCAUCAAGGAGAAAGAGGAUGGAAAACUGGAUGGGAAGAAAAGACCUACCCCUUUUCAGAAGCUUAGAGCUAAUGUCUAUCCAGAGAGGCCCCGGGUUUCAGCAGGUUUCACAGCGGUCUGCAAGUGUUCACCCGAGUCCAAAUGCGCAGAACAAUGCAUAAAUAGGAUAAUGUCAUAUUUAUGUGGUAAAGAAUGUCCGGCAGGCGAUGAUUGUACAAACAAAACUCUGACAAAAAGGAGAGGUGCUUCCUAUAAAGUCAUUCACACUGGAACAAGAGGAUUCGGUAUCAUUCUUACACAAGAUGUGAAAGAAGGUGAAUUCGUCAUAGAUUAUAGGGGAGAAGUCAUUUCCAUGGAUACUUUCAUGGACCGUAUUCAGGAUGAAUACAAGGGAUCGAAAAACUUCUAUGCAUUGGAAUACGAUCAAGAUGAAGUCAUUGACGCUGGAAUGCGAGGCAACGACGCCAGAUUCAUCAAUCACGGUUGUGCACCAAAUCUUGAAGUCAGGAAGUACCAGACUGCCGGAGAUGGCUGGGACGAGUUUGAAGUGGGCAUGUGGGCUUUGAGAGAUAUCAAAGCCGGAGAAGAGCUAUUCUACGAUUACAAUUUCGAAUCUUUCGGAGUAGCUGCCCAAUCGGAUGAAUUACGAACCAGAUGUUGUUGUGGUGCACCCAAUUGUGUUGGGUUUUUAGGAAGAAAAGCAGGCGAAAAAUCAGCAAAAGAAUUAGCAGCUGAGAUAGCAUCAAAAGCAGCCGAAGUGGCUAGGAAGGGUAAAAAGAUCAAAAGGUCAAGAAAAUCUCUGGCAGCACAAAUCGUUCAACAAUUAGUGAAACCAUUGAAUACCUCAGUUUUGGGAUUAGAAGGUACACCGUCCAUUACAUCCGCAUCGAGUAUGGAUGUCUCACUCGAUCUUAGGACACCAUCUGAGGAUACGGCAGAAUCACUUGAUCAGAUCCAAACAACUUCAAUCUCACACUUACACACACUCUCAAACGAUUUGCCUAAUCCAAUCAAAAUCGAUCCACCAAGAAAUAAGAGAAAGAGCGACGUGGCUGUGACGGCUGUAACACAGUCAAUAUCGACUCCAAAAGCGGUGAAGAAACGUAGGACAUCGGAAUCUUUCACCAACGUUUCCACAUCAAAAUCCAUCGAGGCUCCCAGCUCCAAGAUGUCACGUAAAUCCGAGCCUCUUCCCCAGCCGAAAUCACGGAUCAGAAUUGACUCGAUGAGUGCAAUGGAAGCUGGCAAGAUCAAGAAAGCCGAGUCUAUAAAUGCCAGAAGAGGUGCUCCCAGAGGUUGGAUCCUUUUAGCGCCAGGAGAAGAAUUACCAAAGAUACCUUCAGUACAAACAGUGCAGCCUAGAAGACCGCCUAGGGAUAGGUCGAGCUUGGGAUAG